AUGAUAGCUAUCAACCUUGUCAAAAUCAACAGCAUCAACCAGUCUACACCUUUCAAGCUACGCUACUUACUGAGGGAAUAUAACAUGCUCUUCAUCCAAUUCUCAAUGAUAUGGAUUGCCAGUGUUAUUUCAGUGGUAUUGGGUGUUAUGUUUGUCCUUGAGAAGCUUUCACCCAUUUAUUAUCAUGUUUUUGUUCGAUCUGGUGCACCUUGGGUGGUAGUGGUUGUAUUUGGUUUGAAAAAGGUACACAACCAUUCACUUCUUGGAUAUUUGGAUGGUUUGGAGAGCACUAGCUUGUGGAGUACUGGAAAAGCUUAA